AUGGCACAUAUUCAUGAUUUACUUAUGUCUAUUCCCAGAAUACUAAAUAUUAAUUUAAAAGCAGCUAUGCAUGUGGGGCAGAUUGUGGCUCGUAGUAUGAUAUCAAAAGGAACUGGUGGAAACAUAGUCAACGUAUCGAGCCAAGCUUCAUUGUUGGCUUUCAAAACUUUCGCAGCUUACAGUGUUUCAAAAGCUGGACUUGAUAUGCUCACAAAGACAAUGGCACUAGAACUGGCAAGCCAUAAAAUUCGAGUCAAUGCAGUGAACCCUACUGUGGUGCUAACAGAAUUAGGUAAACGUGCCUGGUCGGAUCCUGCCAAGUCAGAAGUUAUGAUGAAUCGUAUUCCAAUGAAUAAGUUUGCAGAGGUGAAAGAUGUUGUCAAUGCUGUUAUUUAUCUUUUGAGUGACAAAGCUGACAUGAUUACUGGCAGUUGUUUACCAAUUGAAGGUGGAUUCGUUACAGCGGGAGUUUGAAAAGUCAUACAACCUGAACAUGAUUAUAGUUUUAAAUUUUCUGCCAAAACCCACAUAGAUCCAAUUACAGAAAUUGUUGAAUUGAA